UUCCCAUGCCCCGCCCACUUGGUCGGCGUAGGCGGUGACGUCACGUCGGCUCAGGUGAGGAAGCGAUCUUGAAGCGCGGAGGCGGCCGACGAACUGCACAAAGCCGAAGUUCCUCUUUGGAAAGCACACGCAGAGAAAACUGCAGAGUCCUUUUUUUGCACAGCUGAGACUUACCUCAUCGCACGAAACUACUUGUCGCACAAUGGAAGCCCAGGCGGCCCAGCGAUGGCCCAACAACAGUCCUGUGAUUUCAGUGGCGCCCAACGACACGCGCCGUCUUCUGGAGGUUUACGUCAAACGCAGCCUCAGCCUCUGCGGCGAGUCGGCGGGAAUAAGCCGAGCUGAACGUGAACUCAAGUGGGUGACCAUCCCCAAAAGGCACAGGAGACAUUCCAGCGACCCUUCCAUUCACUUGGCCUUGGGCAUGAGCGAAGACUCUCGGGUCCCGACGAUCUCAUCCGCCGACCCUCCCCCGGACAACCAGGUCAGGAAGGUGCCCAAGAAGAACAAAAAGCUCUCCUUGUGGAAGAACUUCCUGGAUCUGUUCUCGCGGAAGAGCACUGAGGAGAAAGACGAGGAGCCCGCGUGUCCGGACGACCCUCCGGCAGCAUCCGACAACGACUUGGACUUAGGUUCUGUGUGCCUGCCCGCCUCGACGCCGGCCUCCUCGACCAAAAAGUCCUUAAAGGGCUUGAAAAGAAGGUUCUCCAAGAGGCGUCUGUCCCUCAUGAAAUUCAACAAGCGAGAGGAGUUGAACGCGGAGGACAUCACAUCAAUAGAAGCUGUGGUGAGCGUGGAACCGACCAUCUCCUACUAUGAGAAGGUGUCGGAGGAACUGGAGAGGAUUCUCCACGAGGUCAAAGAAAACGAGGAGGCGGAGACAAUGUCGGACGAGGAAGUCAUCAACCGGAUCAUUGAUUUGACAAAGGAGCAUGGAGACGCUAUGGACAACAAGAUUAAAGACAACGCCACCCUGAGCAACUUCUUCAAGGGGAUGUCGUACUCGUCCUUCCGGAGCCUGGUGGACGACUACCUGGAGAACGAGGCGUCGCCCACGCUCGCCCAGCCCACCGUCCUGCCCACGGCGCCCGAGCUGGUCAAGCUGGCCUUCACGCUGGACAUCACGGCCCGCGUCGCAGGCCUCUCCCGGCAAAACGUCGGCCACAUCACCGGCCUGGGCAACCGCUACCUGCAAGACCGAUUCGAGUACAAGCAAGCGUGUUCAGACCACCCCCAGUGACGGAGGAGGCAAAUGGCGGAAACGUCUCCGGGAGUGACGUUAACCUGAGGACGUGAUGCAAGUUUCCCGUUUGACUCGGGUUUUGAUCUAAUCAGGCCGGAAGGCCGGAAGAGCAUCAUUUGCUGGCACGGAUGCUUUGGGAACAUUCCUCAGUGAACUUCACCGCACCGCAGUUGCCGGAUCUACUAUGGAUUCACGGUGCAAGGUUCUAGUGAUACAAUUCAAAAUUUUUUUGUGCGUCUUGUGCCACGGUAAAUAGGGGCCGAAAAAAAAAAAAAAUGAAUCUGGUCAAAAUACACUCCAUUAAAGUUGUCGCCAGAUAAAUAAGCUAAAUAAUUGCAGACAACGGCCAGUGGAGCGUACGUGAAACCUCAUUUUGACCAAUGGAGGAAAGAGUCAGUGCUGGCCAACAUCGUGCUACGGUAUGUCAUUUUAUAUUUGUAUUAUUUAUGUAUUAUUGUUUACUUUCAUGGUGAUGCUCAUGCAGGUGUUUACGUGAAAUUUGAGGAUCUGCGUGUUGUUUCGUGUGCUUUGUGUAUGUAAACACAGCCGUAUAUAGUGUACGAGACGCCUCUUUUAAUAUGUACAUGGAGUACAUGUAGUUUUGUUUUUCAUCAAGGGAGCGUUAUUAAUGUGAAAAUUAAAAAAAAUACUGUAUAAUCACAUAGUAUUAUGUACACAUAUUUACCCUUUCAUUUCAUUGAUAUAUUUGUCUCAACACUAAAUUUAGUACGAUAGAUAGCGACCACCAAAUAUUUUGGUGGUGGGAAAAAAAAUGCUUUUAAUAUCUGUAAGGAGUGUUGAAAAAAUUGCAAUGUUGAUUUAAAUGUGAUGCUUAAAUGGGGGGAAAAAAUACAUUAUUUUUUGGGAAAAGUGAAGUCGUAGAUACUCGAUUCACUUUCACGGGCCACAAAAAUUACACGGUGAGCUAAAUCUCACCCCACCGGGUCUUGAGUUUGACACUUAUGCCCGAACUACAUGUUUUAAAAAAAUAAAAUAAAAUAUGAUACGGGUAUUAAAUCAUAAUUAAACCCAUGGACCGGCAGUGCAAAAAGCUGUUUUCAUGUCAUAAAUGUGAUGUUUUAUUGAUUUAUUGACAAAGAACGCAGUGUUUACAAACCAUUUCACAACUUGGAAAGUGUGUUAUUUAUUAGAAGCGGAAAUAAGAUGUGACAUCUUGAAUUUAUUGUGAAUGCAGGCAUUCAUUUGCCAAAUAAAAAUGC